AUGCAUGGAGCCGUAGAUUUAAUAGCCAGAUGUGAGUUCACUGGCCCCGCUGUUGUAUGGUCCUUUCUCCAAGGCAGGGCAAUGCUCUGUCCGCACCGCUUCCUCUCUUUCUGCACUUGUGGAGGCUCCACUGGCCCAGUGGAGGCUUGGGGUAUCCCUGGGUCACGAUGUGGUGUCUUACGACCCAUCGAUUCUGUAAAGGAUCACAACCCCAGCUAUCGAGGUGAAGGAAUAUAUGCUAAGCUGCAGGCUGUUGGUGGAGAUGUUGGUCAGGAUAAUCUUGGAAUGAGUCCUGAGGACAGAGAAAAAUUGAAACCUGAAAUUCAUGUUGUCAUUCACUCAGCAGCCACAUUAGACUUCGAAGCAGAUCUCAAAGAAACUGUCAGUAUUAAUUUACUUGGAACAAAGCGAGUUAUUGAAUUCUGCCGUGAACUUACCAAUUUGCAGGCUCUUUUGCAUGUUUCGAGCGCUUAUGUUAAUUCACAUUUAACCAAUGCUGAAGAAAAAAUUUAUCCUGUACCAGAGAAAGCUGAAAAAGUAAUAGAAGUAGCCAGAACAGUUAGUGAUACCGAUUUAGAAGAAGCUACCAAGAAGCUUCUGGGUAGCUAUGUUAACACCUAUACUUUCACUAAAGCACUUGCUGAGCAGGAAGUAGUUGCUUCUAUUUCUUCCUUUCCAUCUUGCAUUGUUAGGCCAAGUAUGAUUGUUGGUGCUUGGAAGGAACCUAUUCCCGGCUGGACUGCUUCAAAGAAUGGACCCCAAGGAUUCUUGAUGGGUGCUGGGAAAGGCGUUGUUAGGAGGCUGCCUGCCAAUCCAGAUUUGAUAGCUGACUACAUUCCAGUUGAUGUUGUUGUUAAUGGGAUCUUAGUUGGAGCAUACCAUGCUGCCACUACUAGGCCUAGCGAAACUCCCAUCUUUCACUUGACAUCUAGCACCCAUAAACCUUUCCGUUGGAAUAUUUUAACUCCACACAUGGAAGAGAUUCUUGAGAAAUAUCCAUUAAAAUCAGCUGCCUGGUAUCCCACUCUAAAACUGUUGCCAUCUCUGUUCUUGUUCAAAUUGUCAGCAAUAUUCUUCCAUUGGAUUCCAGCUUAUAUUCUUGAUACCGUAACCAAAGUAGCAGGUGGUAGACCUAUACUCGUCAAGCUUCAUACAAACAUCAACAGAUCCCUUGACAGGCUUGAACCAUUUAUUUUUAAUGAGUGGCUUUUUGACAACAAAUCUUUAUUAAAGUUAAGCAGUACAUUGAAGGAAUCAGAUAAGGACAGUUUCUAUUUAGAUAUUGCUACUAUUGACUGGUUGGAUUUCUUUGAUAAUCUAGCAGCUGGAGUCAAAGUUUAUCUCCAGAAUGAGCCCCUUUCCAAUUUUGAUAGUGCUCGGAAAAAACAAAAAAUGUAA